AUGGCCACCAGCGCUGCCACCGUGUUCGGCACCGCGGAAUUACUGGAGAUGAUUCUUCUGGGAUGCACUAUGGAGGAAGUCACCUGCGCUCGCCGUAUCAACACCUUCGUCCAAGCCACUGUCGACGGCUCCAAGCGUUUGAGGCAGAAGAUCUUUUUGGAAGCAGCGCCGGGCGCUGAAAAGCUCGUGGCCCCACUCUGGUCGUGGAGAGCAACAACAGUCCCUUUGGUAUUGGCGAGCGAAGCGCGUACUGCACGAGACCGCACAUACAGUCGGACCAUCGUCAAUCUUAAUCCCCUACUGAAGCUGCUCACAUGCACCGCCUCACCGGAAGCCACAAGGCGUUACGUCACCGGAAAUAGACUCGCCAUUGUCGGGCAAGACUUCCUGGAUCGCCCGUCGGGGCGCUGGGAGGCGAUGCUGAUUACACAGCCACCUCUGCGGUCGCUGGAAUUGGUGGUCGUGAAGACGAAGGGGCCGCGUUCAAAGGGUUUCAAGUCUACUGCACACACCCUCGGAGAACUCAGAGCAGAGUUGCUGGCACUCGAUCGGGGUCGUACUCUCAGACCAAGACCCUCCGAUGGUCUCGCCAACCGCAUCAGCUUUGUUGGCAUCGUAACGCACGAUGCGGUCACUGAGGAGGAUCGGCGGGUAGCUGCGGGCCGGACGAACUCCGCACGACUGGCUGAAGGCCAGGCACAGAAGAUGGAGUAG